AUGUCUACCUCCCCGCUCACGGCGCUCCCGUCUUCGUCAUCGCCGGCCUCGUUCUACACGCCCGUGGGCGGCUCGCCAGCCACGGCGGGGGACUGCACCAACCUGAGCACGCCCGCGACGGAGCCAGCGUCCUCGCCUUAUCGCGACGCGCGACCGCUGCCCCGCGAACUGAAGGAGCACUGCCAGAUCUUUUUCGAGGAGCAGAUGUACAAUGCGGGCAUCCAGCUUCUAGACAGCCUUCUCUGCGCGGGUGCUGGCGCUCGGCCAGGCCACGGCAAGCCAGCGUGCGUCCCACCGCCGCCACAGAUCGCCCUCCUCGCGACAUUGGCGAUACACCCGACGCACACGACCCGGGUGGCAGAGCGCGCACAGUUGCUCGUCGCGUCCGAGGCGCUACAGUACCUGCGCAACCUGCUCGCCAUCGCCGGCCCCGUCAACGCAAACCUGCGCGCGGCGUUCGAGUUCCGUGUCAGCUCCAGGGGGGGACGCCGUCACUACGGCCUCGAUGCGACCAGCGACGAAGACGACGUCGACGAGGAGCACAUACACGGGAGGUUUGCCAACGAGAGCAGCCUGUGGACAAGGGGCCAAGACCUGUGGAAGGUUCUGGGCUGGGCUUUCAAUUGCAGUGCGGUGCACCCACACAGAUGGCGCUAUUGGCGGCCCUGGUUGGAGUUUCUCAUGGACGCCCUAGAGGCAGACUUUGACGAGCGCCAGCGGCUCGACCUCGAGGCGCACGAGCGAUCUGCACGCGACGGAGAAGACUGCAAGUUCCCGCUGCUGCGAGAGUCGCUGUUGAUGUCGCACAUCAACACUGGCAACAGGUUGGGCCUGAAGACCAUCAUGAAGUCGCUCUGUGCGGAGGGGAGUCAGGCCUCGUUGACGGUGUUCCAGGAGGUUUUCGAGAAGGAGUCGAAAAGCGCGGCGCAGGCCAGCAACAAGCGGAAACGAGAGCAGAUUCUGGAUCUGGACAACGACAAGUUUGGCGACUACUACGACGACGGGGCCUCCAUGUACUCCUCGCAGGAGUCGGAGCCGCCCACGCCAGAGAAGAUGGCGAGGGGCCCAGGUCGACCCAGCGCGCAGGCGACCCGUUCACCACCCCCGAGCGCGGGAUUCAUCGAGUCCAUCCCGCUCCGCCUGCACUGUGCGACUGACCUCUUCCCUUCCUUCCUACAGCUGGCCCGGGCGAGUCUGGAGCUGCCGAAGCCCUUUGCGGCCCUGCACGAAGUUUACGGGGCGUUCGCCGACGCCGUGAGGGAGCUGCGCGCGCCGCUCUUCGCCCCGUUCGUGUCGACGCGCGCGUCGCCGCUGCCCGUGGCGUCGCAGGUGUCGCUGCUGCGGGCGCUGCUGGAGCCCUUCCUGCCGCGCGCGUCGCCCUACCCGGGCGACGUCGACGCCGAGGCCGACGAGGAGAACGGCGUGUCGCUGGCCAUCCUGCGCGAGUGCUACCUGCCCUUCGCGGCCAACAACAACGCCGUCGAGGCCAACGCCAAGUACUCCCUCGUCGCCGAGAACCUGGUGCGGCUCGUGUGGGCCGAGUCCGAGGUGCGGCACGCGCCGGAGCUGCAGAGGGCCGUCGAGAAGGGGGUGCGGGCGCGCGGGGAGAAGGCGCGGGCCAGGGGCCGCGGGCGCCCGCCUAGGGGGCCUGCGGCCUCGGAGGGCGGCGGCGGCGACGAGGGCGUGGCGCGCGAGGCGCUGGACAGGUCUGGGGAGCGGCUGCUGACGAUGAUGCGCGUUCUCGAGAUCGACUCGGCUGGGGCGAGCGACUGA